UUUUCUUUUCUGGUCUGACUUCGGUUUCCGGGAAAGCACUCCACCACUUGUCUUUUAACACCAAUCAAACACCCCCCUUGUCCAUAUCCUACGCACCUUCACCCGCUCGUGCACUUUAGCUCCAGCACCCUGUAGUGCGCACUUGUUAUCGUACACACCCCCGGUCUAAGAUAGAGACCACCAUUACCUGCAAUAUCUAGUCGCCGUUACACGUGUCGUAUUCUGAAAGAUCCACGCCAGCAUCUGCCGAAGCUUUUUAUCUUCCUGUGUUCCUCCGUUUUUAGGGUUUCUAAUCUCUCUCCUCUUUUCUUUCUUUCAUUUCCUUCCUUUGGGAUUACUGAGUCACCGAACGAGUUAAAGAAAGACAGAGAAGUUCACCAACCAUGGGGUCGAUCCCCGAUCCGGGCGAGUUGACAGAGUUAACUCAUCCGAGUUUCGACGAGUUCCAGCGUCAAACGUCUCUGAUGACGAGCUGCACUCUCCUCUGGAAAGAACUCUCCGAUCACAUCAACUCACUCGAGCAAAACCUGGUGAGACAAUCGGAGGCCUUAAAACGCAAAAUUGAAACACUAGACUCGGAAACCAAGGCCUCACUCGACUCACUCAAGAAGCGCGAACACAGCAUCGAGGACAGCGUGAAGAUCGCACUCGACCGAGUCGAGUUCCACACAAAAGCCGCCCUGAAAACCCUUAGCGACGACGUUGAAGACAAUCCUGAUGGCGAGGUCGACGACGGGGACGGUCUUUUGCAACUCCUAAAAUCAACGUGCUUAAAAAUGGAAGCUAAAGAGUUCUGGAACUUCGUGACUGGCAAAAAGAAAGAAAUUGACUUGCUAAGGGAGAAAAUUCCGGCAGCUUUAUCAGAAUGUGUUGAUCCGGCCAGGUUCGUUAUGGAGGCGAUAUCGGAGGUAUUUCCGGUGGAUAAAAGAGGGAAUGAGAGAGGAAAUGAUUUAGGAUGGGCUUGUGUUUUAAUUCUGGAAAGCUUGAUUCCGGUGGUGGUUGAUCCGGUGAUCGGAAAGUCGAGGAUGCUGGUUACGCCGAGUGUGAAGGAGAAGGCAAAAGAAAUCGCAGAGACGUGGAAAAAGAGCCUUGAAGAGAGAGGAGGGAUUGAGAAUGUGAAGACUCCGGAUGUUCAUACUUUUCUGCAACAUUUGGUUACGUUUGGGAUUGUUAAGAAAGAGGAUCUGGAGCUUUAUAGGAAGCUUGUUGUUGGUUCUGCCUGGAGGAAACAAAUGCCUAAACUUGCCGUUUCGCUUGGCCUCGGUGACAAAAUGCCUGACAUGAUUGAAGAAUUGGUCAGUAAGGGACAGCAGCUUGAUGCAGUUCAUUUCACUUAUGAAGUUGGCCUUGUAGACAAGUUCCCUCCUGUACCCCUGCUCAAAGCUUUCCUGAGGGAUGCAAAGAAAGCUGCGUCUUCUAUUUUAGAAGAUCCCAGUAAUGCCGGCCGGGCUGCGCAACUUGCUGCACGCAAGGAGCAAUCAGCACUUCGGGCUGUCAUCAAGUGCAUUGAAGAGUACAAACUUGAGGCUGAGUUUCCACCUGAAAACCUCAAGAAACGCCUUGAACAGCUAGAGAAGACCAAGACUGAGAAGAGGAAGGCAGCUGCAGUCCCUGCUAAUAAGCGAACGCGGGCUAGUAAUGGCGGUCCUAUGCCUCCAGCUAAAGCUGGCCGUUUGAUGAAUGCAUAUGUCUCAUCCUUUCCUGCACCUCCUACAUUUGUUAGGUCUCCUUCACACACUCAAUACCCUGCAGCAGUCCCAGCAUACCCAUCCCCACCUGCCAUGUAUGGAAGCAGGAGCCCACCGACCAAUCCCUAUGCUUAUUCACCAGAAGCAGCGCCUCCUCCCCUUUCUGGUUCUUACCCUGGUGCUCCCAUGAACUAUCCUGCAUAUGGGGGUUAUGGCAAUGGUUUGGCACCAGCUUAUCAGCAGGCUUACUACCGAUAGACAAUGACUACUCUGGAGAUGGUAACCACUGAUAUGAUGACUACCGACCAAUCUAAGUUUCUUUCUAAAAUGGUUUGUUUGUAAUCACUAACCGUUUUAAUGGUAGCGAUGUCUGUGUGUUAAUUAAAACUGUUCUUCUUCUUACUUUGCCGUGGUGAGAAGCUGUAUUUCUAAUGUUGAUUAAACUUUAGUACUAGGUGAUUGUGAAGUAAUCACGAUGGAAGCAUAACAAUGUCUAAACUCAAGACAACCAUGUAGGAUUAGUUGUAGAAAGAUGUACUUCUGUUUAUCUGAGUCUUUACAUCCAUGUUUUUUACUUGCGUUCAAAUAGAACCAAAUGCCAUCUGGGGAA